AUGGAUCAGAACAGGCGUGACUACGUCAGCAACUUGUGCUCGCGGUUCGUCUCCGAUUACCUGAUGCAGCUGGAUAAUUUUCACGCAAAGGGAGCGUCGGGUAGAAAAAUCCGCGUCGGAGAAGUUGUCGUAAUCCACGACAAACUUUCCAAACGACUCAUGUGGAAGACGGGAGUAGUCAAGGAAUUACUCCCCAGCUGCGACGGCUUAGUCCGAUCCGCGAUCGUCAAGUUCCCAUCCGGUAAUUUAUUAACCCGAGCCAUUCAAUGUUUGUAUCCCGUAGAACUUAGAGAAGAUCAACCGGAAGAUGUGGAGAUCGCAGACGGUGUAUUGAAUCCGGAGCCAGCUGAAGCAACUGCUCCGCAAUUUCCAAAUCCACCCGAUCCGGCUCCAUUCCCAUUGCUUCCGAUCGAUCCAGCUGACGUCGAAGAAGAUGAUCAUGUGGCCAAUCCGGCCGCAACUGACGUCGGCGAGGUCGAGGCCCAAGGCAUGGGCUCUGGUGGGGAGUAUGUUGGAAACGAAAGACGUCCCCAACGGCCGACGAUGAGAUCCGGCCGAACAACCAGGAUUCCGGCCCAUUUACGGGAAUACGAUCUUCGGGGCCCCCGAUAGGUGGCCCCUUGUCACCCGCCCGACUGUACUGAUUC